AUGUCCGAUUCCAUCAUUACGCUCAACCAAAUCGAGGAUCUCAAAGCAAGGCUUGGGAAUCAUGCAACUCCUCACAAUCCAGGCUCUGAGGAGUAUGAAAGGUGCUUACAGCGAUGGUCUGCUAUCGGCUAUCUACGACCGGGCCUGGUCGUUUGCCCAACGGAUGCGCAAGGCAUAGCAAGGACCGUUAAGUUUGCGAUGGAUCACCACAUUGAUCUUGCAGUUAAGGGUGGGGGUCACUCCACUGACACCUCUGCGUCCAGCAACGGAGGAAUCCUGGUCGAUCUACACCAUCUAAAACAGGUGAAUGUUGAUCCCGUCACCAAGACAGUCUCCGCCCAAGGGGGAGCAUUGUGGGCAGAUGUGAAUCGAGCAGCCGCCCAAUACCAGCUAGCCGUUGUCGGGGGAACUGUCAGUGAGACAGGAGUUGGAGGGCUCACAUUGCGCGGAGGUUACGGAUAUCUCACUCCCCAAUAUGGACUCGUCAUUGAUAAUCUUCUCUCGGCGAAUGUGGUUACAGCUGAGGGAGCGGAGGUCCUGGCAUCAGAAAACAAUAAUCCAGACUUAUUCUGGGCUCUACGAGGUGCUGGACAGAAUGUUGGGGUCGUGGAAAAAUUCAUCCUUCAGGCGCACCCACAACCUAAUCUGGUCUGGAGUGGCAUAAGAAGUUACCCCUGUGACAGGUUACCGGAGGUCAUUCAGGCCCUCAACGCGGCUCUUGUUCAUCCCCAAGGGAAGGCCGCGGCGCAGUGUGUCUUGGCUUUGUCACCUGAGAACGGGUCUCCGCUCGUCAAUGUGGUAUUAUUCUUCAACGGCUGUGAAGCAGAAGGAAAGAAACAUUUUGCGAGGCUGCUUGAUAUUAAAUGCAGUAGCGACGACGUCCGAAUGAGACCGUACUUGGAUGCCAACACCAUGCUUGAUGCAGCAGUGACCGCAGGAGGUCGGAAAAAAAUACUAGGUGUACAUCUGGCUCCACCAGUUCGGUCUGAGUUUGCCUCUAAACUUAUGGGAGAAUUCACUCAUCAACUCGCCAUCGAGACAGAUAUGGCUAAGAGUGCCUUGGAGUUCGACUAUUUUGACCCAUCCCAGAUCUGCUGUAUUUCCACAGAUAACACCGCUUUCCCCGCUCGCAAGAAGAUUCUGAAUGGUGCACUGAUUCUGCAGUGGACUGACCCUGGCAGGGACGAAGACAUUCUUUCGUGGGGGAAGUCCAUUCAGGUAAUGUGUGAAGAAGAAAUACGAAGAGCAGGCCAUGAAUCAACAGCCUUAGUAUCGAACUUCAUCGGGUAUACACGCGAGGACAACGUAACACCAGCUGACAUGUUUGGCAUCAAUGCGAAUCGGCUAUUGGACAUUAAAAAGAAAUACGACCCCUUCAAUGUAUUUCACAAGUUAAAUCCACUUGACCUGCAACAAAGUCGGCAGGGGGCUCCAAGGUCGGUUCUGGCCUACCUGCCUCAUUCCAUGUUCUGCAGCCCCUCUGGCGCGCGGCUCCAAAAUGCUUCUGCAAUAUCCAGCACUGCGCUCACAGUACUGUCCUGGGCAGGUUGA